AUGAAGCUUGGAGGGAGAGCGGGCGUUGUGAGUGGACAUGCAGGACGGCGGGAAGAUGCAGAGCCACCGCGACCACCACCACGACAGACAAAGGGAGACGCUAGCUCAUGGAUUCCGUACAGCUGGGCGGGGCGUGAGAGGGAGCGAGGAUGCGAGAGCACAGCAGGAGAGGAGACGAUGACUGGAGAAAGAAAAAAGAAAAGAGACAAGUAUCGAAAGAUGCUAUGUAAUAUCUCGAAAAGUAAAAAAACUCUCUGGGAUCGUCCCGGCUACGGAAGGAAAAACGAGUUGGAUGAAUUUACAGAGGAAAACGAGUUGGAUGAAUUACCCUCUUCAGAUGAUCCGCAAGUGCGUCCAGGCAAAGCCGCGGCGCCAUGGCCGGAGAUACGAGAGAUCUCGCGAUAA